UUAUCCUGCUCCCUCCCACCCCCCCUCGUGUCUGAUUAUCCUCUCUUUCUCUCGAAGACCUUCUCCUUGUGUCACCCCCCCCCCCCGGCUGACUUUUCUCUCACUGUUCCACUCUUCCCCUUUCCUUUUAAAAAGAAAGGAAUGAAAAGGUCCAAACAGAAAGGAAGAGGCAGUGGCUUUUAAGUCUUCCUGUUUUAAUACUCAGCGUUUUGGGGGGGGGGGGAUUUUUACCAUUUUCUAUUUAUAUAUACACAGAGGCACACUUUUUAUUCAAUUUGGGGUUUGCCUCCCAGUUUUUCUGUUUUGUUAAUUUUCAUUUGUGUGGGUAGGGGUCAGUGUUUUCCAUCUUAUUUAUAUAUCUCCCUGUGGGUUUGCGUCCCGAAAACCAGUGGACCCAAAACCGGGAAGAAGGGACGCAAACCCACCUUUUUAGUUCUUCAGAAACAAAAUCCCACCUGUUCCAGAGGUGUAGUGUUUUCUUAUUUAACUUGCCUCCUCUGUUCUUCCUUUCUUCUGUCUCCCCCCCCCCCCCCCCCCCCCCCCCACCACCGUUUCGCCCUCUCUCAGGGCAUCCUUUUUUUGGAAGGGAGCCCUGCUCAGGAACAUUUCUUGGUUUCUCGUUUUCCCCCCAAACCCACCCCUUUCGGAGCUCCCUGGAAGGCGAUUUGAAAGCAGACCUCGGGGUGUCUUUGGUUUCGUCCUCCGAAACCCACACAUGGAAUGAAUGUCUCUGACUCAGAGCCUUGGUGGUGGGCUCUUAGCUGGACGUCACCUUGGUAGCGCCUGGACGAGUGUGUUUUUGCAGGGGGCGAGGAAGGAAGGAAGGAUAAAAAACAGGAGGGGCAGGAGGAGGAGGAGAAGAGGCAGGAACCCGCUGCGUUCUCUUCCCCCUUCAAUCCAGUGACUUUGCUCAGUUAAAUGAAGAAGAAGGAGGGAGACCGUUCUUACUGAAUUUGAGCUGCAAGAAGGCAGCCCCUUGUUCCACUUUUAUUUAUUGCCUGCACUGACCAAAGCUUUUCUAGCCUGGAGGGAGGAAGAAGGUGUGACUUGCCCUUCAAUACCUGCGUUCUUAUUGGGAAUAACAGCAAGAGAAAGAGACCCCAAAGGACCCGGGCGGCCAUGGAGGGGCCAGGCCGGCCUGGGGGCUACCGCCAGAGCCGCAGAUCCCGCUCCCAGAGGGACAGGGACAGGAAGUUGGCUGGCCCCGGGGCGCGGGAGGCCCGGCCUUACUCCCCGUCCUCGGGCUCCGAGAGGGAGGCGGGAGAGGGUCCGGCGUCCGGGAGCGGCCCAGGCCUGGGCUCCGGACCGGGCUCAUCGCGGCCCCGCCCUCCUCGCCGCAGGAGGAAGGAAUCGACGUCCUGCGAGGAGGACAUCAUUGACGGCUUCGCCAUCGCCAGCUUCCUGAGCCUGGAGGCUCUAGAGAAGGAGGCGCUGCCAAAGGCUCCCGAGCGAGCGGACAGCCAGCGCAAGCGGCUGGAGAAGAGGAAACCCGAGGAGACCAGGCCGAGCUCGCCGGGCGAGGGCCCAAGGAGGGCCGGCAGCUCCGACAGGGAACAGAACCGGCACAAUGGUGACCGGGAUCUCCAGAACUCACCGCCCACCAAAAAGGUCAGUUCUCCCUGGCUCAGUGAGCCUCUGUUUCUGACUGGGACAUACACCCGGGAGGGAGUUACAGACUGGAAUCUAAUCACUGACCCUCAGGCCGUGUGGCACUCCCUCGGCACUGGUCCUCAGGCCGUGUGGCACUCCCUCGGCACUGGUCCUCAGGCCGUGUGA